AUGCCCCCACGGAUCAGAGAAAAAGAGAGGAGAAUAUCAUUGGAGCUGGAUCCAGCCAUCUCUCAGGCAGAAUGGCGUCGAAAAAUGAUUGUCUGCUUACCCAAGUUCUUUGACACAGUCUAUUUCUUCUUUCAAUCAAUCAAACGUUCCGUCAUCACAAAAGAGGAGCUCAUGCAUAAAAUAAUCGCUGGCCAUAAAGCUGUUGUUGACAGAAGAGAGAUUGAAGAACAACUCAGAUUGCUGCAAGAAUUAGUUCCGGAAUGGAUUUAUGAAAAGGCAGCAUCUAGUGGGGAUCUCCUCUUAUGCGUUAAUAAGAUUUCAAGUCCUGAAUUGAUACGCACGAGACUUGCUGAGGCCGAGUGA